AUAACCACGGUGAUAACCUAAAAACGCUAAAAACUCAAAAAUCUUGUUUUGUUAUUGUCGUUAUUGUUACAUUCUUUCAACUUUUUCAAUUCUCUUGAGAAUUGACAAAAAUGUGCUAGUUAUCUUUGAUCUUUCAUAACUUAAAAAAAAUUAUAAUUCGUUUAGAAUUUAUUAUGUCUGAAAGAAUUUGUGAAUUUUGUGAGUGAUCAAAUUUUGAAAUUUUAAAAGCGAAUAUCAUGAGUAGUGGAAAAGUCAUCGGUUAUUGGGUUUCAGAAAAAAAACGUCAAAAAUUUAAUUGGCAAGAAUUUCACAAUAUUUGCAAAAAAGAAGGAUUUUCUUUGAAAAUUAUUGAUGUCAAUUCAAGUCUAGAAUCUCAGGGUCCAAUUCACGUUUUUUUGCAUAAACUCACAGAUGUUCUUGCUCAUGCAGAAAAUGAGGAUCAAGCUGCCAAAGAAAUUAUUACCAAAGUACAAGGAUAUAUACGAAAUCAUCCAGAAUUACUAGUGAUUGAUCCCUUGGAAAAUAUUAAGAAUUUGUAUAAUCGACACUUAUCUUAUGAAAUUAUAAGAAGUGAAUUAAAAUUUGAUGGAGUUUUUGUUCCAAAUUCUGUGGAAAUACAAACCAUUAAUGAAGACCAAGUUUUAUUUCUUAUGAAAAAAAAUGGAAUUCAAUUUCCAUGUGUGUGUAAACCUUUACUCGCUCAUGGAUCAAGUGAUGCUCAUAAGAUGAUGAUUGUUUUUAACGAAGAGGGUUUAAGAGAUUGUCAAACGCCUUAUGUGGCUCAAAAUUUUAUAAAUCACAAUGCAAUUUUAUACAAACUAUUUAUAGUCGAUGGUCGAUUUCACGUAGUAGAGCGACCGAGUUUCAAAAACUUUUAUCAACGUGAUUGUGCUUCGCUUAAAACAAUUUUUUUCAGUUCCCACGAUAUUUCAAAAAGUGGCUCAAACUCCAAGUGGUCCAUCAUUUCUGAAGAGGAUUUUCAUCUUGGCGUGAAACCUAAGGACGAAAUUUUGCAAGAAAUUGCUAAACAAAUUGUGAAAAUAUUUGGACUCAUCUUGGUAGGAGUUGAUGUUGUCAUUGAAAAUCAUACAGGAAAAUAUGCAAUAAUUGACGUUAAUGUUUUUCCCGGAUAUGAUGGUUAUCCAUCUUUUUUUGAACACUUGAUUGAAAGUAUAAAAAAACAUCUUAAAGGGAAAAAAAGUUAUAAACAAAAUUUUAAUGAACCAAGUUUCAGAAGUUAUUGUAGCGAAGACCUUGACUCUGGAUUUGAAAGCGAUGAAAAAAAGAAACAAUUUUCGUUCUCAUGAUUUUAAAAUAUUUCAAAA